GAGAAAUUGGAAGUUAUGAGGUGUUGCACUAGAAGACUGGUGGCCAGAGUGGAAGCAGGCACCAGGCUUUCUGACCCCUGCUCCAGGACUGCCACCCCAUGCUGACUAGACACAGACUUCUCCAGGGGCAUGAUUCAAGCAAGGGAGAAGCAGCCAGUGUGUGAGAUCUCCAGCUGGCUUAGGAGAAUUGCUGGGAGCCCUGUGUUUCGGGCACACAGACAGUCCACUGUUGUUUCCCACUCCCGCUAGGAUGUGUGUCCUCCUUCCUGCGGUUCAGAGAGUUUCUGCAGGGCUUUUGUUUGUGGCAGUUUGGGGCACAGUUGUAGGGGACAAGCUGCUGGUGGUCCCUCAGGAUGGAAGCCACUGGCUUAGUAUGAAGGAUAUAGUUGAGCGUCUCAGUGACCGGGGACAUGACAUCGUGGUGGUGGUGCCAGAAAUCAAUUUGCUUCUGAAAGAAUCAAAACAGUACACGAGGAAGGCCUACCCCGUGCCCUAUGACCGGGAAGAGAUGGAGGACCGUUACCGCUCUUUUGGAAAGCAUCACUUUGCUGAGCGAUCCUUGCUGACUGCUGCUCAGACAGAGUACAGGAAUAACAUGGUUGUCAUCGACAUGUACUUCGUCAACUGCCAGAGCCUCCUGCAGGACUCUGACACGCUGAGUUUCCUCAAGGAGAGCAAGUUCGAUGCUCUCUUCACCGACCCGGCCUUACCCUGUGGCGUGAUCCUGGCCGAGUACCUGGGUCUGGCCUCUGUGUACCUCUUCAGGGGCUUCCCGUGUUCCUUGGAGCACGCCUGGGGCGGGAGCCCGAACCCCGUGUCUUACAUUCCCAGGUGCUACACCACGUUCUCAGACCACAUGACCUUCCCCCAGCGCGUGGCCAACUUCCUCGUUAAUUUCCUGGAGAGCUAUCUGUUCCACUGUCUCUACUCAAAGUACGAGGAGCUCGCAUCAGGCCUCCUCGAGGGAGAGGUGAGCCUGCCUGCCUUGUAUCAGAAGGACCCCGUGUGGCUGUUGAGAUACGACUUUGUGUUGGAGUACCCCAGGCCAGCCAUGCCCAACAUGGUCUUCAUUGGAGGGACCAACUGCAAGAAGCGGGGUGUCCUGUCUCAGGACUGUCAGAGGAAUGGUGGUAGGAGGGGGAAGGCAGGUGUGGAGCAGCAGGACAGGAAGACCUGA